AUGGCAGAUACGGCAGGGGGCAACUACACCGCACGUCGAUCUUUUAAUAACACCUUGCAAGGAGAAAUCCGUGGAGACAAUGCCAAAAUCGGCGGCCGCAGAGGAGGAUCUCCGGGCUUUCGCCAAAUCGUGAAACAUGAAACAAUCGACCCGAUCGGCGCCGGCACAAGACCUCUUUGUCUACUGGAGCUCGACCCGAGUGAUCGGGUGAAGGUGAAGGCUAGAAGACAAAGACGUCCUCUAAGAGUGUCGGUCAUUAUCAAUUACACAACCUCUGCCUCCUUGAUCUUGACUGACUCACUGUCUUUAACGAUUGGGGAGGAAGCGGCACGCCGGUACCGGAACUAUUAUUCAGAAAUGUGCAAGAUGUGGGUGCUGAUAUUGGCGAUGACUCUGACGGUCGAAGCAUUCCCAAGAAGGUAUCGAAGAGCAGCGGAAGACAUUCAAGAAGACUCGAAAGCUACGGACGAUCGCAGAAAAGGAAAAAGCUUAAACUAUUACCAACCAUCAUACAUGAACAACCCCGUUCUGUUUGACCCUUCGGGCCUCUUAGAGUACGAGGACGCCCUCGCAGCCGCCUUGGCGUCAGCGACUUACACGGACGGCUCCAACGAAGACAACGAAAUUCUUUCGAGAAUGCGUCCAGGCACGAAGAAACCUGGCAAUUCUCCAAUCUACUACAUCAGGCUGCCCCCCACACCGUACAUCUACAUCCCUGGAGUCGGUUACGUCAGCCAGCCCCCGCAACUCCAACCUCCCCCAGUCGUCCAGACGACACCGGACUCCCAGUUCCUAAAUGUUCCUGUCAGAUUCGUCUCCAACGGAAAACCCACUGGAGUCUACACCUUGGAGAACGAUAUCGGAUACUCCAGCGUUCCAGAGCCCCCCAAGGACUCAGACAUCACCAACCUGGACAAAGGGCCCUACAUCUUCAACGGGAGGCCGACAGAUAUCUAUCUUCUCAGGGACGCCUACAAUUCCCUGUACUCUGACGCGUUAACGAAUUUCUACCCUUGAACAAGACUGAAAGCAGCAUUGCAGGUGCUCAAUGUGCAGUGGUAAACAGCGUUCUCAAGAAAGACCGUGACUUGUUUUGUAUAUGCUCUGGUUGAAUGUGUUAAAGGACUGUGGAUAUAAAGUUGUGUACUGUUGUGAUAUUCACACGUUAAGUGAGUAAUCAUAUAUUAUACACACCUCCAAGUUUUUAUGAUGUUAAGAUAUUAAUUUAAUAAUUUAUUGUUAUAUGAGAAUAUCAAUCUUGUGUCUAAUAUAACUUUUAUAAGGACUAUUAUUAAAAUAGGUUCUAAAUUCAUAGGUCCCGUUAGUGAAGAAAAAAGGCCUGGGUGACUUUUGCCAAUUUUUCUAGUAAAUUGCCGUAUAAACAUCAUUGUAAGUGUCUGAAAAUAUAUAUUUAGUCUCGGAUUAAAUGUGUGACUCCCGUGCUGGCUUUCACUACAGAAAUACGACCCCCCCUCCACCGUUACCCGAACUAACCUGAAAAUUCACUGCUCGCGAGAAACUCCCAUAUAACAACAUACUGUUGAGGAAAUUGCAGCCACGAGUCACUGCGAAAAAUGACCCCCCCCCCUCCUCCCCUCUGCUAACGGCAAAUUGUAGGCGUCGCGUUUCCUGUAAUCAUAGGGAAAGUCAGGAUCGAAGCCAGUGCUCGAUCUCAAUUCCGGGAGCCGAGAGAUUGCAACAAUUAGGGGAACUAGUCCUGGCAGUAUUAGCUGGCCUUGGGAGACCUUGACCCCGGCGGCGCGGCGGGCGUACACCGGGUUAUGUGGCUGGCGUGCUGCAAUCAGAAACUGUCGACCACUAGACUUAUUUUCAGAUGAUUCUAAUUUAUUCUAAAUUCUGCAAUAAAUGUUAACUCCUUUAACUUGAACUUUCAAUUUACCAAAGAGGUAAACUGUCAUAGUUUUUUUUUUUGUCAUAAGAAGUUUGAGAAUAGUUUGAGUUAAUAACUAAUGACAAUUAACUGAAAGGAAAGUAGGAUUUCAG